CAGUCAGUCUUCCUGCAGGCCCACGCUCACUUGCUGUAUUUCCUCAUUCAAUGUGAGUUUGGUGACACAGGACAUGUCGCUGCCAGAGCAGCAGCAUCUUUCUGGAUACUGAGCUGGACAUGGAGCACUUUAUGCAUCAGUAAGCCACCACUAAAGCUACAGACAUGCAGGACAGUGUUGAUGUCAAGGCUCUGAGAGCCCGGUUCAACAGCAAACACAGCACCUCGGACACCAGCAGUCGAGACAGCGGCUCGCCAAAAUCUCCCGGCCUGGAUUUGGGAGGGCCAUCCUGCCAUGACAGAGAAUGAGGUGACCAACAGAUUGUCGCCCACACCGCCUCCCCUGUCAGCUGGCCCUGCUGCAGUGAGGCUUCCACUGGCAGACCACUCCAAGUCUGCUUCCACACCCAGACCUCCUCCCAGUUCUGGAGUCAGAGCGAGUGUUCAGCCAGGAGACAUCAGCAAGGUCAGGCAGACAGGGGAGUUACUGCAAAACAUGAUGCUGAGGCAGCAGAAGACCCCGGGACCCAAGCCUGGACAGACUAUGGCACCUACACCCCCUGCAGCUCCGCUUCCACUCCAGCAGCCUCUCCGACAGAGGAGUGCAGGUGACGUGACCCCGCUGAGGAGGCCUCUGCCUCCCGAAGGACCCCUGCCACUAAAGCCAAAACGGCCUCCUUCUGUCAAGUUGGAUCAAUAUCGUUCGUUUAAGCGGGUAUCUGUUCUUGCAAGAAAAGGUGAUGCAGCUCCUCCACGACCAGCAGACAAAUGGGCACCUGUCCCAGCUGUGAUCAGCCCUCCAAAUCUUCCACAACGUUUCACCAAACCAAAGCCACUGCCUCACCAGGUCGCCUCAGUAGACUUUGAGGACGAACAGGACCCCUAUGAUGAUAUUGCAAGCUUUGAUAAAAGUGGUUCCUGCAGUGACAACAGUUCUCAGUGUUGGGACAAAGAUGAACACGACGACGUGUAUGAAUUCAUUGAUGAUGACCUGUGGAAGUGAACCAUGUUGCAGUUUAAGAAG